AGACCAUAGAACCGAUUUAUGGCUUAAAUAAAAAAAAAUCAUUCAUUCUCAGUCAAAAUAAUCGUUGGGUGGCGAGAGAGAAAGAAAUGGGAGAUUCUUCUUCAGAGAAGACGAAGUCAGAAGCAGUUAAGAUAAUCGAAUCAUUCCAACUUCUUCCAAAACUCGUUGUAUUCGAUCUCGAUUACACUCUCUGGCCAUUCUACUGCGAAUGUCGAUCCAAACGCGAAACACCUUCUCUUUAUCCCCACGCCAUGGGAAUCUUGUUAGCUCUCAAACACAAAGGAAUUGAUAUUGCAAUCGCUUCUCGAUCUCCAACUUCAGAUAUUGCUAAGGCUUUUCUCAACAAAUUAGGAAUCACUUCAUUCUUCGUUGCUCAGGAAAUAUAUUCGAGUUGGAGUCAUAAAACAGAUCAUUUUCAGAGAAUUCAUUCAACUACUGGAAUUCCUUUCAACUCUAUGCUCUUUUUUGAUGAUGAAAAUAGGAAUAUUCAAGCGGUCUCUAAAAUGGGAGUGACUAGCAUUUUGGUUGAUAAUGGGGUAAAUCUUGGAGCUUUAUCUCAAGGUCUUACACAGUUUUCUCGUAACUGGAAUACAUCACAGAAGAACAAGCAGAAAUGGCUGUCCAACUAUUCUCAGAAGCCAGAUACUUCCAACUCUGCACCAUCAAAUUCAAUGUCCAAGUAAAAAAAUUCUCUGGAUUUUAUUCAGAACCUAAUUGAUUGAUGAAUUUGAAUAUAUGUUGUAUAAUUGUCAUGAUAGUCCUACUUGAAUUAUACUAGCCUCAGUCAAAUUACUAACGGCCAAACAUGUUACUUCUGUGGUGCAUGCUGUUGUUGUACUUGGCAUCGAUGUUACUUUUGAACUUUUCUGUUCCUAUUGUCAUUUUCGUAACAUAUUUUAUUCAUCAAAAUUGAACUUUUUUUUUGGUAUUA